AAAAAGUUCAUGGCCGUCGAUUUAUACAGUUCUUCUGGUCGGUUCUUUUCGGUCCAAAAGACCCCGAUGGCGGCUAUUAGGGAUUUUCUCUCUGUCGCAACCAUCACCAUCACCACUACACAGCGCACACUGACCAGGAUUACUACAAUCUACUUGCAUCCCCGCACCUAAUGUCGGUGGACUCGCCGUUAUCAGACCAUCCCUGUCCAUUUAUCGGUUGUCUGAUUGACACCGCAUCGUGAUCCCAGUUGCUCCGUAUGGUUGGCUACCGAGGCCUGUCAAAAAGCAAUGGGACGAUUCGUUCCCCUCAUUGAAAUACCAAUAUGAAUCCGGCUGAUUUCAAACCUGAUUGAGAUGUCUAGGAACUGAUUCAGCUACUGUGGUUCUACUACUGUCAAUUCACUGUUGAGCACAAUGACUCUCCCAGCAACGUACAAAGCGGCCAUCUAUGACCAGCCAGGCACAAUCUCUACCAAGGUAGUAGACCUUGACCUCCCGGAGCCGGGCGUGGGCGAGGUUCUAGUCAACCUUACUCACUCGGGCGUUUGUCGCUCCGACCUCGCGAUCAUGACCAAUUCCUGGCAAACGUUUCCUCGCCCGACACUCCCCGGCCAGGUUGGUGGCCAUGAAGGCGUCGGUGUCGUGGUCAAGCUGGGGCCAUGGACCGAGUCGUCCGACGUCAAGAUCGGAGACCGUGUAGGGAUCAAAUGGCUUGCUAGUGCCUGUGGGAACUGCGAACCCUGCCAGGCCGGCGCAGACGCAAUAUGCUUCAAACAAAAGAUCUCCGGCUACUACACCCCCGGCACCUUCCAGCAGUAUGUUCUUGCGCCCGCACGAUACGUUACCCCCAUCCCCGACGGGCUUGCCUCGGACGCCGCGGCACCCAUGCUCUGCGCGGGCGUCACCGUGUACUCCGCUCUGCGACGGAGCAAGGCCCAAGCAGGGCAGUGGGUGGUCAUCUCCGGCGCAGGCGGCGGGCUGGGCCAUCUAGCCGUGCAGCUUGCGAGCCGCGGGCUAGGCUUGCGCGUGGUCGGCGUCGAUGCGGGGAGUAAAGAAGCGCUCGUACGAGAAAGUGGCGCCGAGCAUUUCGUCGAUUUGGCCCAGUUCAAAGACGACUCUACCCACGACAAAAUCGUCGAGCAUGUGCGUUCGCUGGCGGACGGGCUGGGCGCCCACGCCGCCCUGGUCUGCACGGAUUCCAAUGCCGCCUACGCGCAGGCCCUGCGUUUCCUGCGCUUCAACGGCACGCUCGUCUGCGUGGGCAUGCCGGAGGGCCGCUCCGUGCCCAUUGCGUCGGCGUACCCGGCCGUCAUGGUCCUGAACCAGUUGACCAUCACGGGCUCCGCCGUGGGGACCCGUAUGGAUGCUAUUGAAACCCUACGCUUUGCCGCUCGGGGAGCCGUCCGCUCGCAUUUCCGUGUCGAGAAGCUCGACGCCCUAACGGAUGUGUUUCGCGAGAUGCACGAGGGGACUCUCCAGGGGAGAGUCGUCCUAGACUUACAGUAG